AAUGGGUAAUUAAUGAUUUGACAAUUGAUCGCUUAUUACUAAAAGAAAUAAAACAAAAUAUUGACUAUGAUUUAUUAUCAACAAAAUUAGAGUUUGGGAAUAAAACGCGAUACUUAAAAAAAGUGUAUUUUAUCGGAAACUUUUAAAUGGAGAACAGCUUAGAAAAUUUUUAAUUUAUUCUCGUAGUAAAAAUGCAUUAUUUUGUAUCCCCUGUCGAUUGUUUGGAGGUUCUACUAAACUUGCUACAGAAGGUUUAAUGGACUGGAGAAACGUUAUUAAGAUUGUAAAACAACAUGAAGUCUCUAAGGAACAUACUAACUGUCAAAUAGUAUUUUUACGUAGGAGCAAUAAUAUUGGGAGAAUAGAUAGUGAUCUCUGUAUUCAAAUAAAUAAUGAAAUAGAUUAUUGGAAAAAUGUGUUGAAACGGGUUAUUGCUAUCAUAAAAAAACUGGGAAGUCGUGGUCUUCCAUUUAGAGGUUCCGUGGAAAAAUUUGGAAGUCAAAAUAAUGGUAAUUUUAUGAUAUGUUUAGAAUUAAUAUCUGAAUUUGACCCUUUUCUAAGCAAUCAUAUAGUUCAACAUGGAAACCCGGGCAGUGGUCAUACAUCUUACCUUUCUUCUACAACAUGUGAUGAAAUAAUUACAUUAAUAACAACACAAGUUACUAAUGUAAUUAUAAAAUAAAUUAAAAGUGGAAAAUAUUUUUCGUUUGUGAUAGACUCAACUCCUGAUAUCAGCCACACAGACCAGUUAGCAUACGUUAUUCGUUACGUUAGAGACAGGGGCGGAUUGGCUAUUUUUGGCCCGGGGUGCAAAAUUAAUUAGGGGCCCCUAAUUUUUUU